CUCUCUGUGCGACUCAACUCUGAUCGCGUUCCCGCAACUAGAGACUUGAUCCGACACACUCACACAACACCGUACAGCUCCGCAAAGAUGUCUUGGCAAGCCUAUGUUGAUACCAGCCUCGUCGGCACUGGCAAUGUGGACAAGGCGGCUAUCUUCAACAGCGAGGGCAACAGCGUGUGGGCGACGAGUGCUGGCUUCCAGGUCUCACCUCAAGAGAUGCAAGAGAUCGUUGCGGCAUACAAAGACAAGGGCACAGACGGCGUCAAGCAGGUUCAGAGCACUGGUCUCCACGUUGCAGGAGAGCGCUUCGUCGUGCUGAAGGCUGAUGACAGAAGUAUAUACGGAAAGAAGGGUCGGGAAGGCGUCGUUAUCGUCAAGACCACACAGGCUAUCCUCGUCACACACUACCCAGAGACUGUCCAGCCUGGUACUGCUGCCAACACUGUUGAGCAGCUUGGCGACUACCUCGUCAAGGUCGGCUACUAGGUGAGAGAGAGCGCAAGUUCGGGCGUAGAAUCACGAGCAUAGAGGAAGACGACAACACUGUCUGCGAAGAUGGUGAGAUUCGUGAGGAAACCGUGUGCAUAUGUGACCGAUGAACGUGCCGCAAAAGAAAACUCGGCCUAUGGCGUUUUGGUUCCAAUUUUUGUCUAUGCUGAAUCCCAUGAGCGGUGGAGGAAGCGAACUUGCAUACGGGGGGCAUGGUAGCAUAGUAGCUCCAAUGAAGGGGAGUCCUCACGACUACAUAGACCACUUUCACUACUUGCAUCAUUUCGACAGCG